CCGGCUGCCCUUCACUUUUUACUUUCUCUCUCACUUUCCCGAGAAAGUAGAGACCCGAUCGGAUAGCAUCGAAACCCGAGUCGUCGAUUCACAUCGAGAUUCGGCUGUCUCUGAGAGAGAGAGAGAGAGAGAGAGAGAGUUCGCGUUUGGAUGGGGGAUCCGCUGGAGAGAUUGGGUUCGGAUUCCGCGACGGCGAUGGGGAUCGAUACCCCCACGAAGGACGGCGAGCUCGGCAUGGAGAUCGACGGCGCGGCUCCCUUCAGGGAGAACGCCGCCACCGCCGAGGACUGGCGGAAGGCCCUCAACAAGGUGGUCCCCGCCGUGGUCGUGCUGCGGACCACGGCCUGCCGCGCCUUCGACACGGAGGCGGCGGGUGCCAGCUACGCCACCGGCUUCGUCGUCGACAAGCAGCGCGGGAUCAUCCUCACCAACCGGCACGUCGUCAAGCCCGGACCGGUAGUUGCAGAGGCUAUGUUUGUCAAUCGCGAGGAGAUUCCAGUGUUUCCCGUUUACAGAGAUCCGGUUCAUGAUUUUGGCUUCUUUCGCUAUGAUCCUAAUGCAGUCCAAUUCCUAGAUUAUGAGGAAAUUCCACUUGCUCCUGAGGCUGCAUGUGUUGGAUUGGAGAUUAGAGUUGUUGGUAAUGACAGUGGGGAGAAGGUUUCUAUAUUGGCUGGAACUCUUGCUCGCUUGGAUAGAGAUGCUCCUCACUACAAGAAGGAUGGAUACAAUGAUUUCAACACAUUCUACAUCCAAGCUGCUUCCGGAACAAAAGGUGGUUCAAGUGGCUCCCCCGUAAUUGAUUGGCAAGGUAGGGCAGUAGCCUUGAAUGCUGGGAGCAAGACUUCAAGUGCAUCGGCAUUCUUUUUACCUUUAGAACGAGUGGUAAGAGCAUUGGAAUUUCUUCAGAAGGGAAGAGAUUCACAUGGAAAUAAAUGGGAGGCUGUCUCUAUUCCGCGGGGAACACUUCAGGUGACUUUCCUUCAUAAAGGAUUUGAUGAGAUACGUCGAUUGGGUCUUAGGAGCGAGACAGAGCAGAUGGUUCGCCAUGCAUCUCCACCUGGGGAAACUGGCAUGCUAGUUGUUGACUCUGUGGUACCUGGUGGUCCUGCACACAAACAUUUGGAACCUGGCGAUGUGCUGAUCCGGGUGAAUGGGGAAGUGAUUACUCAAUUUCUUAAAAUGGAAACUUUACUUGAUGACGGCGUUGAACAUGAGAUUGAACUACUGAUCGAAAGAGGUGGCAUUCCCGCCACUGUUAACCUUAUGGUUCAGGAUCUGCAUUCGAUAACCCCUGACCACUUCUUAGAAGUAAGUGGUGCAGUAAUACACCCUCUCUCAUAUCAGCAGGCUAGAAAUUGUCGGUUCCGCUGUGGUCGGGUCUACGUUGCAGAACCAGGAUAUAUGCUCUUCAGAGCCGGAGUUCCUCGUCAUGCCAUUAUUACGAAGUUUUCUGGUGAAGAGAUUUCAGUACUUGAUGAUCUAAUUACAGUUCUAUCUAAGCUUUCUAGAGGUGCUCGUGUACCAUUAGAAUAUAUCAGUUACUUGGAUCGGCAUCGUACGAAGUCUGUACUGGUUACAGUUGAUCGCCAUGAGUGGUAUGCUCCUCCACAAUUAUAUAGUCGUGAUGAUAGUACUGGUUUGUGGUCAAUAAGGACUGCCUUUCAACCUCCGCCUCCCCUACCACAUUCUUCUAUACUCGAUGGUGAUCUGGUGCUAGCCAAGCAAGCAGCUUGUACUGCUGAGGUCACAAUGGAACAAGUUGAUCAGGAGAGGAGACAAGAGUUGAUUGAUGGUGUUGCUAGCAUGGAAACAAAUGAUGGACAUUCUUCUGAAGGUUCCCAUGCUCAAGAUGAAUCAGAUAUUGGAAAGAAGAAAAGACGUGUGGAAGAAGAUUUAUCAGCUGAUGGGGCAGCUGCCGACUAUUCAUUGCUUGAUAAUAGGGAACUGGAGUUGAAGGAUACCAGGAAUGGGGACAGUACAGUUGUGACAGAUUAUCAAAGUCCACCGGCAUCAUCAGCGAAUGCUUCAUAUGCUGAACAUGUGAUAGAGCCUACUCUAGUAAUGUUUGAGGUUCACGUGCCACCAUCAUGUAUGGUAGACGGCGUCCAUUCUCAACACUUCUUUGGGACUGGUGUCAUUGUAUACCAUUCUCAAGACUUGGGAUUGGUUGCAGUUGAUAAAAACACAGUUGCUAUAUCUGUCUCUGAUGUGAUGCUUUCAUUUGCUGCCUUUCCAAUUGAAAUUUCGGGGGAGGUGGUUUUUCUCCACCCUGUUCACAAUUUCGCUCUUGUUGCAUAUGAUCCCUCUGCUUUGGGUCCUGUUGGCGCUUCAGCUGUUCGUGCUGCUGAACUGCUUCCUGAGCCUACAUUGCGCCGGGGUGAUUCUGUCUAUCUUGUGGGGCUGAGUAGAAGUCUUCAAGCAACAUCAAGGAAAUCCAUUGUAACUAAUCCUUGUGCUGCUCUUAAUAUUGGCUCAGCGGAUUGUCCAAGAUAUAGAGCAAUCAACAUGGAAGUUAUUGAGCUUGACACAGAUUUUGGCAGUACUUUUUCUGGGGUGCUAACUGAUGAGCGUGGAAGAGUUCAAGCUAUAUGGGGAAGCUUUUCCACUCAGCUGAAAUUUGGCUGCAGCUCCUCAGAAGAUCACCAAUUUGUUAGAGGUAUUCCAGUUUAUAGUGUAAGUGAGGUCGUCAACAAAAUUGUAUCUGGUGCCAAGGGGCCCCCUCUACUCAUAAAUGGUGCCAAAAGGCCAAUGCCGCUUGUUAGGAUGUUGGAGGUUGAGCUGUACCCCACACUUCUUUCCAAGGCCAGAAGUUUCGGACUGAGCGACCAAUGGGUUCAAGCUCUUGUUAAAAGAGAUCCAGUUAGGCGACAAGUUCUACGCGUUAAGGGCUGUUUGGCUGGUUCAAAAGCUGAAAAAAUAUUGGAACAAGGCGAUAUGGUCCUGGCCAUAAAUAAGGAGCCAGUUACUUGCUUCCGCGACAUAGAAAAUGGUUGCCAAGCAUUGGACAACUCUGAUGACACUGAUGGGAAGCUUAACGUGACCAUUUUCCGGCAGGGGCGGGAAAUUGAUAUUCUUGUCGGGACAGAUGUUAGGGAUGGAAAUGGUACAGCACGCGUGAUUAAUUGGUGUGGAUGUAUUGUUCAAGAACCACACUCGGCAGUCCGUGCUCUUGGAUACCUUCCUGAAGAAGGGCAUGGUGUGUAUGUUGCUAGGUGGUGUCACGGAAGUCCUGUGCAUAGAUAUGGUCUAUAUGCUCUUCAAUGGAUUGUCGAAAUUAAUGGAAAGCCGACUCCUGACUUAGAUGCAUUUAUUAGUGUGACAAAGGAGUUGGAGCAUGGGGAAUUUGUUCGUGUGAGGACAGUACACUUAAAUGGGAAGCCGCGAGUGCUAACAUUGAAGCAAGAUUUGCACUAUUGGCCUACAUGGGAGCUGAGGUUUCACCCAGACACUGCAGUGUGGCGUCGCCAAAUAGUCAAAGCAUUAGUGUGAUUUUGUGCAGUCUUACAUAGUUGUGGGAGAGGAAUGGCCGAAAAGAAGCGGCACAUGCAUGGAGGCGGCCUACCUAGACCAUGUAAAAUUUGAUUCAUCAUCAAUCCCAAUUGCGUUCACUAAUGCAGUGCAGUCACCAUGAUCAUGGGCCACUAUGCAUCAUGUGGGCAUGGGAGUCUUAAGUACGAAGUCGAUGGAGUUGCUAUGCAAGUGGAGUACUUGUAAUUUGGCAAAAACCAAAGUCACAAUACAUUGAGUAGAGGAAGGAAAUUAAUACAUGCGAAGUACACUUAAGUCAUUGAAUUGA